AUGGUUCGCACAGGACGCUGCUACUGCGGAGCGGUUUGCUACGAGCUGGACGACGACAGCGCGCGCGACUUCUCGGUAUGCUACUGCGAGGCUUGCAAGUAUGCUUCCUCGUCUCACACAAUGAACCUCCGUACCGACUCGGACAAGAUCAAAAUUACAAAGGGCACGCCCAAGAGCUUCAUCGACACCAAGACGCUCUCUGGCAAGCCGAUGGACCGCAAGUUCUGCGGCGACUGCGGCAACGCCCUCUUCUCUGAGCCCAGCUCUCUUCCCGGCAAGGCGUUCCUCAAGGUCGGUACGCUCGACGACAAGUCGGGACUCAACCUCCUCGUCGAGGUCUUUUGCUCAAACGCGCUGCAGCCGUUCGAGCCCAUGCCACAGGGCAAGCACCCGCAGCUGACGCUUGGCGCUGGGUCGCCCGCGUUCGAGGCCUAA